AUGUUUUCAGCAGAAGAAUCCAAUUAUGGAAAACGAGGAUUGGGAAGAAUAAGAAGAAUUCGAACGUAUAAUGUAUGGAUUUUGGCAGUUGUUGCUGAUCGAGUGUUCAAAAGUAUUUUGAUGAUGGUUAUGCUGGUGAUGCUUUAUGUGAACGAAUUAGAAAUUUAUUUAACACAAAAAUCAAUGAAAGUUGGUGCAUAUCUUUUUAGUGUUAGAUUAGUUUAUUUUUGUGUACUUUUAAUAUGCUUAUCUAUGAUGAUUAUUUGUACUACAAUCAAGUUUGUUUAUAUGUAUUUAUUUGCGCAUGGAUUUUUAACAGUAAAACGAUUGGUUAUGAUAUAUUCUCCUGUAUACGAUAAAGUGAUUGAUUGGAUAUUUAUGAUCGUCAAUGCAAUUAUGAUUGUAGUGUUGUUCAAAGAUAUUUCAUAUGUACUUUUCGGUUUCAGUGUGGCAUUGGUUCUUGGUUUUAUUGCUGGUAUAUGGCUUCUUCACGAAACAGUAGUUGUAAUGAUCCCAUCGAAAAAAACAACAUCUGAUGUAGGUAUGCAAACAUCAGUAGCAAUAACAAGAAUAACACGUCGAGAAACAUUACCAAGAACAACAGCUGAUUUAAAUAUCUAA